AUGGGAGCCACCCCCUUCACAGAAAGGAUCUUAAAAGCAAAACUCCCUAAAGGAUUCGACAAGACCACGGACAUGAAAUAUGAUGGAACCAAAGAUCCCCAGGAACACCUAAUGGCCUUCGAGGCCAGGAUUAACCUGGAAGGAGCAGUCGACGCAGUACGAUGCAGAGCUUUCCCGGUAACCUUGGCCGGACCAGCAAUCAAAUGGUUCAACGCCCUCCCCAACGGAUCCAUAACCAGUUUCCACGACAUCUCGCGGAAGUUCAUGGCCCAAUUUACAACCAGAAUCACCAAGGCUAAACACUCUAUCAGCCUGCUAGGGAUCACACAAAAGCCGGAUGAAUCCACACGAAAAUACCUCGAUCACUUCAACGAUGAAUGCCUAACGGUCAACGGACUCAUGGAUUCUGUCGCGAGCCUUUGUUUAACCAACGGACUCAUGAACGAAGAUUUCCGCAAACACCUCACCACCAAACCAGUAUGGACCAUGCACGAGAUUCAGAACGUCACCAGAGACUACAUAAAUGAUGAGGAGGUCAGCCAAGUCGUCGCCGCCAAUAAACGGCAACACGGCAACCACCAACACGGCAACCCGACAUCCCGCCAUAACCAGAUAUCCAGAGAAACCCCGAUCACCGAGAUAUAUCACCAGAUAGCAGAUCGAGGCAUUAUCCCAAAAGCCCGACAACUCAAAGAAAGAACCGGCGACAACAAAACCCUUUAUUGCGACUACCACCGAGGUUACGGGCACAGGACACAAGACUGUUUCGAUCUCAAAGACGCCCUCGAACAAGCCAUAAGAGACAGCAAGCUCCCAGAGUUCGCCAAAAUCAUCAGAGAACCAAAACGUGCAGAAAGAGAUAGGUCGCCCGAGAGAGAAGGACGCAAUCCAAGAACGCAAAAACAACCUCCCAGGGAAAGUCCAGACGACGACCCGACCAUAAUAGUAAAUGUUAUCACAGGCAAAGAUAUAUCAGGCAAAUCGAAAUCAACACUAAAAAAGGACCUCAAAGUCAUGGCCGUCAGAGAUCAAGCCCCAACUGCCACUGCCAACAAAACGAUAACCUUCCUACCCGAGGACUGCCAGCACGGCACCUCGGCCGAAGACGCGCCCUUGGUCAUCUCAGCGAGAAUCGGAACGGGACUAGUGCGGAGAAUACUGGUGGACACCGGUGCAGACUCCAACAUCCUCUUUCGAGGAGCCUUCGAAAAGCUUGGGCUCCGCAACGAAAACCUCCAAACACACCGCAAUGGCGUCACAGGACUCGGGGACAACUUCCUCAAACCGGACGGUUCCAUCACCCUACCCCUCACCAUAGGGACAGGCAACCAAAGGAAGACAAUCCUGUCCGAAUUCGUGGUUCUAAAAGAUUCCACCGCCUACAACGUCAUCCUCGGAAGAAAAACAAUCAAUGACUUCUCUGCCAUCAUUUUUACCAAAUACCUCCUUAUGAAAUUCAUAACGGAAGACGGCUCCAUCAGCACUAUUCACGGAGAUCGUGAAGUCGCAGCAGAAUGCGACAACACCAUCCUAGCUUUACAAAAAAAAUCUCGCGACGCGGCUGGAAUAUUCCUAGCCGAUUUGGACGCCCGACAAGAUGGCCAAACCAGGCCAGAACCAGAAGGCGACAUGGAAAAAUUACAAGUAGGACAAACCAAAGACAAAUACACCUUCAUCAACAAGAACCUCCCAUACGACCUUAAGGAGGACCUUUCCCAAUUCCUAAAAUAA